UUGACAGAUAGUUUGACGUGCGAUAAAAAAGAAGAAAGUGGGUUGUCUUCUUCGUUAUGACUCAGUUUUAAAUAAUCUUAUUAUACAGUGCACUUAUUAUGAUAAUUCUGGUAAUUUGUGUCGAAUAAUACAUACAAAAUGCUGGGCAAAUUGGAUAUACAAGAGUGCCUUCGGGAUUCUCCUAAAUUCAGGUGUAUUUUGGAGAGUGAAGAGGCUAGUAUUGAUCAGUUGGAGCAAAAACUAGACAAAAUAUUGAAAGUAUGUGGAAGUAUGGUAGAUACAGGAAAAACAUAUGUGGCCCAACAAAGCUUGUUUGCAAAUAGUUUAUGGGAUUUGAGUGCCCAUUUUAAAGAGGACCCCACUGUUCUCUCUUCCCUAAAUAAAUUAAUACAUAGUCUGCAAGAAAUGAACAAAUUCCACACAAUUUUAUUAGACCAAGCGUCAAGAACAGUGCUGAAAAAUCUAACAUCAUUCAUAAAAAAAGACGUAAAGUCAGUUAGAGACUACAAAAACCACUUUGAAAAAAUUUCAACUGAAUAUGACAAUGUGGUGCUUCGUAACUCCCAAACUCCAAAAAGCAAAACCCAGGAGGUCAAAGAGGUUCAGAAUAUUUUGAUGGCAGUUAGGUCGUGUUUUGGCCAUGAAACUUUGAAUUAUGUUAAUAGCAUUUGUUUGUUGCAAACCAAAAAAAGGCAUGAAAUUUUGAGCACGAUUUUGUCUUACAUGCAUGCUUGUAGUACUUAUUAUCAUCAAGGUACUGAUUUGUGCUCGGAUUUGGAACCGUUUUUCAAAACUCUAGCAGAUGAGAUCCACGACAUGUCGGACGAAACUUACCGGGUGGAAAAAGAGUUGGAAAAUAGGCACGCCAAUGUUGGCGUGGAAGACAGGAUCACCAUCAAACACGACCAAAAAACUGUGCCCAUAAUGGAAGGCUAUCUCUUUAAAAGGACGUCAAAUGCAUUCCGAUCUUGGCACAGAAGGUGGUUCUAUUUGUACAGAAAUAAAUUGGUUUAUAGAAAAAGGUCCGGUGAAGAACAAGAGACAAUAAUGGAGGAAGACCUCAGAAUAUGCACUGUAAAGCCAGUCAAUGAUGGAGAGAGAAGAUUCUGCUUCGAAGUUUUAUCACCAUCAAAGAGCCACAUGCUACAAGCAGACAGCAAGGACAUGUUUGAAGCUUGGAUCAUGGCACUACAGCAAGGUAUAGGAGCUGCGAUUCAGAGAAUAUCCAGCACGGAUUUUGGUGGCGCAAACGAAAGAAACUCGCAGAGGAAUCCGCUAGAUGUCCCGAGAAAAAGUAACAGUGCUGUGGUAAACAACAACAACAAGAUAAAAAAGAUUAGGAUGUGGGAGCAAUUGUUGAGAAUUCCGGGAAACAAUUAUUGCUGCGAUUGUAAAAGUUUGAACCCUAGAUGGUCCAGCAUUAAUCUGGGCAUUACUUUGUGCAUAGAGUGUUCGGGGGUGCAUAGAAGUUUGGGGGUUCACUACAGCAAAGUGAGAUCUUUAACUCUGGACGACUGGGAGCCUGAGAUUAUAAAGGUGAUGGCCGAGUUGGGAAACAACGUCGUCAAUAAAAUCUACGAGGCCAACGUGCCAGAGGAUUUUACGAGGGCGUCUGAAGAUUGUAUAGGUGCUGUCAGAGAAAGUUGGAUACGAGCAAAGUACGUUGAUAAAAAAUUCGUGAAAGGUCUGCCGCAAUUUGGCAACGAUGGUUCGCCAUCAUCACAAAACAAUAGAACAUCAAGGGCCAGCUUGAUGGAGGUUAGAAAGUGGAGCGUGCGCAAGAUGCGGCGACGACCGCGCAGCUGCGACAAAAAAAAGUUCCGACCGACGCCGAAAACGGUCGAAGAGGCGUCGGAAACGAGCGAAUCAGGUUUCGAGGGCGACUUGACCAGCGCCGAGUCGUCGCAGAAAAGCGUCAGCCUGAAACGGCGCCGCAGCGUUCUUUUGUUCGGCAACGACUUGGACAAGGAGUCGCUAGACGAGGCCGCUAUCGACCUGAGCAGCGAUCAGGAGAGCACGGAGGGAGAGGAAGAAGGGACUGUUGCUGAAGAAGACAUUUCCAAACUAAAACCCAACCUGUUGCUGUACAAGGCAGCUUUAGCUCAUAAUAUACCGGUGAUGUGUGAAGCCCUAGCCUUAGGUGCUGAUAAAAAUUACGUAAAUACAGAAGACAGGGGCAGAAGUACUAUACACCAAGCCGUAUUAAGUGGUUCUGUGAUGCCCUGCGCGUAUCUAAUACUCAACGGGGUGAAAAUCAACGCUCAAGACGUCAACGGCAAGACGCCGUUGCAUUUGGCAACGCAGGAAGGUCAUACUGCGCAGGUCUGUUUGUUUUUGAAGCACAGGGCCGACCAGCAUUUGGAAGACGACGAAGGAAAAGUGCCCUUAUCGAUGGCAGAACAAAAAGAGCAUGCUGACAUAGUUACCUUAUUAAGAUUAGGCAGACUAAAUGAAGAAAUGAAAGAUUCUGAACAUGGAAUAUCUGGAGAUGACAUGUUUAACGAUGUUGUAAGAGAUUUUUCACAAUUGGCCUGUUCACAUCCAGAAAAAUUACAAAGGCCAAAACAAGAUGAAUAAUCAAAUACAUUAUUUAAUUAUCAUUUGUUAAUUAAGUUAUUUAGACAUCGAAUUUUAUUAUUUUGCUCAUUGAUUCCGUAGUUUCGUUAAAAACGCAUCGAGUUUAUCAUAUAUACCGAAUGUUUUUAUAAAUGAAGCCAAAAACCCAUGAUGUAGUGUAAGCUUUAUACAAAUAUUUUUGUAACCACUUUUUAUAGAUUUUUAAAAUGC